CUCAGUUUCCUCUCAGUGCCGCUCACGCUGUGAGCAGCAGAAUGACUGUGGCUGCGCUCCUCCUGAAGACUGAAACGCCGCGUCUCUCUCUCUCUCUCUCUCUCUCUCUCUCCCUCUCUCUCUCUCUCUCUCCCUCCCUCUCUCUUUCUCCCCCUCUCUCUCCCCUCCCCGCCUCCUCUUUGCACGCCUUCUCUACCAGACGUCAAGGAGGAGACACUGGACUCUUGUUUCUCUCUCUCUCCCUCUCUCACGCACACACGCACGCACACGCACACACACGCGCGUUCGUGUGGGAAACUUGGAGAACGGACUCCUCGGACUCCUGUUUUUUGUUUUUCUUCAUUUUUAAUUUUUUUUUCUUCCCCACCCUCGUCUUUGACUUAACAUCUCCACGUGUCCAGCGUUCCACGCGUCCGACGGACCGGUCAGAGCACCAUGCCGGUGGUGGGGGUGGCGUCCAAGCUCAGGCAGCCCAGCGUCGGCUCCCGGCCGGUGCACACCGCUCACCCCAUGCCCAACCUGGCCCGCAGCGGCGCCGGUGCCGGCAUCGGCGUGGGUGUCGGCGGCGUCACUCAGGGUUACCACGCCCCCACUCGGGCCCCCACGGAGGUGAGGGCCAGCGAGUCACCCCUGCUCUCCUCCUGCCAGCUGUCAUUCAAGGGCCAGGAGUACCAGGAGCGGAGGACUCCACCGGCGCGCAGCAGAGAGUCGGAGGAGAGUAAGAUCAGCAAGAUCUACACUGACUGGGCAAACCACUAUCUGGCCAAGUCCGGCUGCCCACGCCUCAUCAAGGACCUGACCCAGGACAUUGCCGACGGAGUUCUGCUGGCAGAAAUCAUCCAGAUCAUUGCAAAUGAAAAGGUGGAGGAUAUCAAUGGCUGUCCUAGAAGUCAGUCUCAAAUGAUCGAGAAUGUAGACACCUGCCUCAACUUCCUGGAGGCCCGAGGAGUGAACGUUCAGGGACUCUCUGCAGAAGAGAUUCGUAAUGGGAAUCUGAAGAGCAUCCUGGGUCUGUUCUUCAUCCUGUCGCGCUACAAGCAGCAGCAGCAGCAUCAGCAGCAGUACCUGCAGUCUCUGGUGGAGCUGCAGCAGCAGGUCACUCACCAGGCCAGCGGGGCGGCACCGUCCAGCCCCCUCAAGACACAAGACAUGCAGUCCAGUCUGACGGCGAGAUAUGCAAGCCCACCCGGCCACAGCGGAAUAGGAGCGAGCCAGAAGAAGAACACAAGGUUACCAGGUCCAUCCCGUGUCCCUACUGCAGGCAGUGGGGGGAAGGCCCAGGGAUCGUCCAACCUCAACAGGAGAAGCCAGAGCUUCAACAGCAUCGACAAGAGCAAGCCUCUACAGUACGCCAGUGGCAAUGACAGAGAGUCUGUAAGGGGCAUCCCCCUGGCGGGCAGCAUGAAUGGCAGCAUGGGCGCGGCGUCGGCAUCGAUGCCCUCCAGCCCCAGCGUGCACCAGCUGGGCUCGGCCAUCCCGUCGCCGUCGGCGGGCAAGUCGUGGCGCAGGCGCAGCAAGUCCAUGAACCUCAAGCACAGCGCCACCUCCUCCAUGCUGUCGCUCAGUAGCCCCACGGCCUCGCCGCCCCCGCCAGGGGCGUCCGAGCGGCUGCGCUCGCCCAUGAUAACCGACGCCACCGCCGGGGCCUCCUCAUCGGGCGGCGCCAGGGGCUCGGGGUCAGUCUGCGCGGCGGCCAACGCCCCCGGCAACCAGCGCUCCAUGCUGGACAAGUUCCGGCUCAUCAACCCGCGCUCGGCCUCGCGGACCUCCCCGUCGGUGGCCGAGAUGGCGCUGCAGGAGGAGGACGACCUGUCGGAGUACGGCGACGACCCGGCGCCGCCCAUGCCCAUCAGCCGGGCACCGGCGUCCCAAGUGCCAUCCGCCGCCUCCACCGCUCUCCCGACGCCCAAGGGCUCCGGCAAGAGCUCCGGCGGCAAGUCCCUGGUCCACCCCAAGGAGAAGGAGGAGAAGGCCAAGAGCAAGGCCAGCAAAGCCAGCACGCCGCCCAAGGAGGAGAGGGAGCCCGCGGCCGGCGAGGCCGGGAAGAAGGGCUCCAAGAUCGCCAGCCUCAUCCCCAAGGGGGGCAAGCCAGCGGGGGGCAAGAAGGAGAGCGGCGCCCAGCCGGCCUCCAGCGGCAUCCCCAAGCCGGGACUGAAGGCCCCUCAAGCCACCGCCAAGCAGUCCCAGGCCUCCGCGACACCAGGGGGCGCCGCCGCGUCGGCCACAGGGGCCGGAGGCACGGGGAGUGGACCAGGACCCGCCGGGGUGGGGGCCCGAGACGGUGGCGAAAAGGUGAAGCACGCCAAGGGGAGCCAGUACUACGCGCAGCGCUCGGCGGGGGGGGCGGGUGAGAGUCGGCGGACCAACAUGACCUCCUCGACCAGCACCUCGGCGCUGUCGGGCUCGUCCGCAGGGAUCGGAGGAGGAGGAGGCGGGGUGAUGGGCGGCAAUGGGGCGGUGCAGUUGCCCCAGCAACAGCAGCACAACCACCCCAACACGGCCACUGUAGCCCCCUUCAUGUACAGGACGUACUCUGAGAAUGACUGCUCCACAGUCGCCCCUGUUGACCCCUGCCUGAGUCCUACCAAGGGGGAGCUGGUCUACAGCAAGACCGCCAAACAAUGCCUGGAGGAGAUCUCUGGAGAAGAUCCGGAGACAAGGCGGAUGCGCACGGUCAAGAACAUUGCAGACCUGCGGCAGAAUCUGGAGGAGACCAUGUCCAGUCUACGGGGGACGCAGAUCAGCCACAGCACCCUGGAAACGACUUUCGACUCCACGGUGACCACGGAGGUCAACGGGCGUGGCCUCCCCGCCCUCUCCAGCCGCUCCUCCCCCAUGGCCUGGCGCCUGGGCCAGUCGCCGAGCCCGCGGCUGCAGGCGGGCGACGCCCCAUCCAUGGCCAGCAGCUACACCUCGUCGGCACGAGCCGCGGGAGGCCCGGCGAGCCGCUACGGCGGCGACGCCUCGCGCUACGUCUACAGCGCCCCGCUCCGGAGGGCAGCAGCCGUGGGCGGUGCCAGAGGCUUGGAGGCCGGCGAGAAAGGCCCGGCUCCUGACGGCGUGGGGCCCGAGGUGGACGUCGCCGGUUACAUGAGCGACGGAGACCUGCUUGCGAAGAACGUGCGCUCGGACGACAUCACCAGCGGGUACCUAACAGAUGGCGGGCUGCACCUGUACUCACGGAACGUGGGCCGAGCUCCUGACCUGCCCUCCUCCAGAGAGGUCAUCCAGCGGGGUCUCAAGGAGGGAGACACCGACAGUUGGGAUGACAGUAGUUCGGUCAGUAGUGGGCUCAGUGACACUCUAGACAACAUCAGCACGGAUGACCUGAACACCCCAGCCUACUCGAGCAUCACAGCUUCUCCACGCAAGAGCAAGGGGCCGCAGUCCCACGGCAAGCAUGUGGAGCGAGACGCCAGCAGCUGGGCCGGUGCCGAGGACCUGAAGAAGGUGGACGAGGAGCUGGACAGCAGCAGCAUGGACCCUUCCUCCAAGUGGAGGGCUUCCUCUUCCUCCUCCUCCUCUGUGCCCAGCCAGCCAGAGGACAGCGGGCAGAAGACGGCCCUGCCCGUGUCUCAGACGGGCUCCUGGAGACGGGGAAUGACCGCCCAAGUGGGCAUCACACCACCCCGCACCAAAGGCACGUCGGGCAACCUCAAAACCCCUGGCAAAACCGACGACGCCAAGGCUUCGGAGAAGGGCAAGGCUUCGUCCAAGAGCGCGAGCAUCGAGCGCUCGCCAUCUGAUGCGGGCAAGAGCAGCGGCGACGAGGGAGGCAAGAAGCCACCCUCGGGCAUCGGACGCCCGCCCACCACGGGCUCCUUCGGGUACAAGAAGAUACCCGGCGCCUCGGGCACCCUCAUCACAGCCAGCGGGGCCACCCUGACCAGUGGCUCGUCCACGCUGGGCAAGGUGCCCAAAUCGUCGGCCAUAGGCAAGGGAGCGGGCAUCGGCGGCGGUGGAGGCGGACGCAAGACGAGCCUGGACGGCUCGCAGCAUCAGGACGACGGCGUGCUGCUGGGCUGCAGCAGCUCCAAGGUGCCCCUGCAGUACCGCUCGCUUCCGCGGCCGGCCAAGUCGUCCAGCGGGGCCGGUGGCGGCGGGGUAGUGGCCGCGCGCGGGAGUGGACAUCGCUCCAGCUCCAGCAGCAUCGACUCCAACGUCAGCGGCAAGUCAGCCGCCGCGGGGGCCACCGGCAACGGCACCGUCCCCGGGGCCAAGCGACGCGACGGCGCCAGCAAAGUGGGCUCAGGCCGCUCCAGCCCGGUCACUGUCAACCAGACAGACAAGGAGAAGGUGGCCGUCUCCGACCAGGAGGGCGGAGCUCUCUGCACCUCGCCCAAGUCCAGCCCCACCUCCGGCGGCCAGUCGGGACUCCGCCAGCCCGGCUCCAAGUACCCCGACAUCGCUUCUCCCACCUUCCGCCGAUUGUUUGGUGCCAAAGCCAGCAGUAAGCCUAGCUCACCUGGCACCCCUGACUCGGGCAAGUGCCUGUCGGCUCUGAGCAGCCCGCACGGCACGCUUGCACGACAGACCAGCCUGGACUCGCCCUCCUCGGGCACGGGCAGCCUGGGCAGCGCCGGCGGGCAGAGUGGCGGCAGCAGCCCGCUGUAUGGCAAGGUGCCCGAGCUGGGCACGGACUCUCCGGCGUCUAGCCCGGCGUCGGGGCUGUCGCUGCCGUCCAACGCGCGGCCGUGGCCCACCGCCACCCUCAGCAGCUCGUCGGCGGGCAGCAAGGACACGCUGAGCUGCCAGAGCAUGACCAGCCUGCACACCAGCUCCGAGUCCAUCGACCUGCCACUGGGCCACCACCACGGGCCCAAGGUCACGCGCACGGGCAGCGUCAAGUCCACUCUGUCCGAAGGCAUGCCCCUUGACAGAAACACUCUUCCCAAAAAGGGAUUAAGGUAUCCGCCCUCCUCCAGGCAGACGUCCAAUGAGGAGGGGAAGGAGUGGCUACGCUCCCACUCUACUGGAGGGCUGCAGGACACAGGCAGCCAAUCACCUCUUUCUCCACCGGAUGCCUCCUGCAACAAUGCUGGCAAAUACCACUAUUCAAACCUGCUGAGCCCUACCAGUAUGUCCCAGUACAACCUCCCUGGACCCAGUAUGAGCCGGUCCAAUAGCAUCCCCACGCAGGACUCGUUUGACCUGUACGUGGAAGGCCACACGCUGGGGGGCAGCGCUACGUCUCUGGAGGACAGACCCAGGGGCAUCAGUCGCUCCGGAUCCUUCCGUGACAGCACCGACGAAGUCCAUGGCUCUUCACUGUCCCUGGUGUCUAGCACCUCUUCGCUCUACUCAGCGGUGCUAUCUUUUCUGGACAAGACGGAGGAGAAGGCCCAUUCAGAGGGUCAAACUGUCCAAAAUACCACGCAAAUUCGUAAACUGCGUCGGGAACUGGAUGCCUCCCAAGAAAAGGUUGCGGCUCUGACUUCCCAGCUUUCGGCCAAUGCUCACCUGGUGGCUGCCUUCGAGAAGAGUCUGGCGAACAUGACCUGUCGGCUGCAGAGCCUGACCAUGACGGCGGAACAGAAGGAGUCGGAGCUGGCUGAGCUGAGGGAGACCAUUGAGGCCCUUAAAGCCCAGAACACAGACGCCCAGACGGCCAUCCAGGUGGCCCUCAAUGGCCCCGACCACAUCAGCAGAGGGACUGACCAGCGAAUCAGGCGGCAGCACUCGUCCGACAGCAUGUCCAGCAUCAACAGCGCGGCCAGCCACUCCAGCAUGGGCAGUUCCAAGGAUGCCGAGGACAAGAAGAAGAAGAAGAAGAGCUGGGUGGCUGAUUCCAUCCCUGCCCAGUUGCGGAGCUCCUUCAAGCAGGCGUUCAGCAAGAAGAAGACCAGCAAGAUGCAGUCGCAAGACGACAUCGAGGAGAUGACGGACUCCUCCCUGCCAUCUUCUCCCAAGCUUCAGCACGCCAACAGACAGGGCAGCAUACAGGCGCUCCGGGCAUCCCCGUCCACCACAGACAAGUGUUUUUGUGAUAGCAAGUCCUCCCCACUUUGGAUUCCAAAGAAAAGGCAAAACGGCCAUGUGGUCUACAAGCAUCGGUCUCGGCUGUGCGAGUGCACAGAGGCGGAGGCCGAGAUCAUCCUGCAGCUGAAGAACGAGCUGAGGGAGAAGGAGCUCAAGCUGACCGACAUCCGCCUGGAGGCCCUCAGCUCCGCACACCACCUGGACCAGAUCCGGGAGGCCAUGAACCGCAUGCAGAACGAAAUUGAGCUUCUCAAGGCAGAGAACGACCGCCUGAAGUCCAGCGGGAACUCCACCCCGCAGGCUACCCCAGCCAAGACGGCCCGGCCCCCCUCCGAGACAUCCAGCACUUCAUCCUCAUCCUCGCGCCAGUCCCUGGGCCUCUCCCUCAACAACCUCAACAUCACAGACACCAUCAUGUCUGAUAUUCUGUUGGAUGACGGCUAUGAAGGGAACCUUCGCAAAGAGGGCCGAAGUGUCAGAAUAGUGGUGACGAUCCACAGUGGCUCCAACAAGACGAAGGGCUCUCAGAGUCAGGAGUACCUCAUUGGUUCCAUUGGCGUGAGCGGGAAGACUAAAUGGGAUGUGCUCGAUGGUGUGAUACGACGCCUGUUCAAGGAGUAUGUGUUCCGCGUGGACCCCGCGACCAGCCUGGGACUGACCUCAGAGAGCAUCAUGUGCUACCGGAUGGGGGACGUGGUGCGAGGCCAGGCCUCAGAGGUGCCCGAGCUGCUCCCCUGCGGAUACCUGGUGGGCGACAACAACGUCAUCACCGUCAACCUCAAAGGCAUGAAGGAGAACAGCAUCGACGGGUUGGUGUUUGACACGCUCAUCCCCAAGCCUAUCAUCCAGCGCUACCUGAACCUGCUGAUGGAGCACCGGCGCAUCAUCCUGUCCGGCCCCAGCGGCACCGGCAAGUCCUUCCUGGCCAGCAAGUUGGCUGAGUUCAUCGUCACGCAGUCAGGCAUGGAGGUGUCUGAGACCACCGUGGCCAGUUUCAACGUGGACCAGAAGUCCAGCAAGGACUUGAGGCAGUACCUGUGCACACUGGCGGAGCAGUGCAACUUGGAGGAGACGGACAUGGAACUGCCCACAGUGGUCAUCCUGGACAACCUGCACCACAUCGGCUCCCUCAGCGACAUCUUCAACGGCUUCCUCAACUGCAAGUACCACACAUGCCCCUAUGUUAUUGGAACCAUGAAUCAGGGUGUGUCUUCGUCUCCCAAUCUGGAACUUCAUCACAACUUUAGGUGGGUGCUGUGUGCCAACCACACUGAGCCGGUGAAAGGCUUUCUGGGCCGCUUCCUGAGGAGGAAGCUCAUCGAGACUGAGAUCGGCAAGAACAUGCGCAGCAAUGACCUCAUCAAGAUCAUCGACUGGAUUCCCAAGACCUGGCAUCACCUAAACAGCUUCCUUGAAGCACACAGCUCCUCUGAUGUCACCAUCGGCCCACGUCUGUUCCUGUCCUGCCCAAUGGAUGUGGACGGCUCGCGGGUGUGGUUCACUGACCUGUGGAACUACUCCCUGGUGCCCUACCUGCUGGAGGCUGUAAGGGAGGGACUCCAGCUGUACGGGAAGCGGGCGGCGUGGGAGGACCCGACCAAGUGGGUGAACGACACGUAUCCCUGGAGCUCGGCGUCCAUGCAGCACGACUGCCAGUCCCUGUUGCAGCUGCGUCCAGAGGACGUGGGCUACGAUGGCUACACCUCCUCCAAGGAGGGCGCGUCCUCCAAGCAGGUCUCCCAGAGCGACACCGAGGGGGACCCCCUGAUGAACAUGCUCAUGAGACUGCAGGAGGCCGCCAACUACUCGAGCGCACAGAGCUGUGACAGCGACAGCGCCAGUCACCAUGACGACCUCCUGGACUCAUCGCUGGAGUCGGCGCUGUAGACUACUGGGAAGCCCACAGGAGAUGAGGACGCGUCCAGUCAGAGAGAGAGAGAGACGACCGAGGGAGAGGGAGAGAGAGCGAGAACUGGGCAGCUGCCCCUGGGAUGCCUCAGAGCUGAGCUAGACUGACCUGCACUCUGGCCCAAACCACCCUAACCCAACAUUUCUGUUAGCUGUCCCCCCACGCCAGGGAAGAAAGCUCUGAUUGUAUGUGUUGAGCGUCUGUGUGAGACAGUGUGUGUGUGUGUGUGUGUGUGUGUGUGUAUGAGGAGGGCGUUGUUGUGUCCACCAAUGACAUGUCGUCAGUUGUUUGUAUGGCAGGAGUGUUGAUCAGCUAAGUCUAAGGAUCACACACAGUUUCUCUUUCUUUUCCUCUGUGGCCUGAGCAUGACACACAUGCUGACACACACACACACACACACACACACACACACACACAAACACAUACACACACGUCCUCGGCUGCUCCAAACCUCUGCAACAUCAGCCACUUAGAGGGUGAUUGCUUGGACCUGUGCCCCAGUAGUCGCGAGCUAGAGCUGAACAGGUGUUUUUUUCCCUCCUGAGCUCCUGUGACUGCCAUGGUGGUCCAGCAGGCUUAUACUGUUUCACACUGAUGUUUACAGUGGGCCGAGUCUUUCUCCCCCCGCCACCAUCUCUGCCGAGAUCUUCACACACACUCCAACUCGGAUGCAUGUUCGCCGCCGCCGACACACACCACCUUCCCGACAAAAAACGUGAUUUACGAGGAGCCACGCAACACUGGCGCUGUGCUCAAACGUGUGGUUUACUUGCCGCACGCACAAGCAAGCAGCAUCGCCAAAGGAAGCACAAGAGGGACUGUGGUAGAACUACUACUGUGAAACAAGGGUCUUUUGAAACACAAACAACAACAGCAAACAAACAAAAACAACAAACAACAAUGAAAAAAAAAACAUGCCACUCAAUUCACUGCCAACCAAUGGCAUCGGGUGGGGGAGGGGUCAGAAGUCAUGAUCUGAGAAGACACUGUAAUGGAAAUUCAUUUUUUUGACCUAGUAAUGUGUGUCACAAUCUUGCCCCGGUUCAGAAUCGGAGGGGAUGUCCUCUCCACCCCACCCACCUCCACUUCCUGUUACCUUGCUUUUGACUGUGCAGUGAAAUACAGUUGGAUAUGGAAACCAUACGCAAAACGCAUAGCAUUGGUUCUCAAUGUGUAUGUUUGGUUAGUCAUUUAUGCACUUGAAUCACGCGUUUCACACUUUUUUGUGGUUCAUCGUCCUUGACCUCCUGAACAAGCAGCAAUUGUACCAACCGUCUGCUGCUCGAGCGGGUCAAGAAAGAGAAACAAAAAAAACGAGAGAAAGUAAGAAAUCCCUACUUUCACCUGAGGGACAGAACGAGAAGGGGACAAAGCUAAAACCGGUGCUUUCUCGCUGCCUUAAAUGUGCUCAGCUCGGAAUCAAAUUUGAAGCGCUCUUCUGACCUUGAGUCUCUCAAAUGCCAUCCAAAGAGGAUCUGAUGACACCUUGUAUGUAGUUGUCAAUGCUUUUUUUAAUAAGUAUUUUUUAUCUUGAGUUCAGGGUGGAGUCACAAAUAGUGUCUCUGAGUUUGUGAAAGGCCACGUUCAGUUUUAUUUUUCAUAUCGGAAGGCGAAAACCUUUCAGUGAAUGUGUGCGUAUUGAACACACAGGUAGAGUAGACCACUUUGAGAGUUUGCCAUGAAGAGAUGUGAUAUUUUUUAUUUUGUCACCCAGUUGACCUGGGAAACACUUGAACCAACAUGAGCACAAUCCAACCUCGUGAUUGAGAUAGCCUGACAAGCAUGUUGUUUUCAGUUUGCUAUAUAUGUAAGUAGGAAAUUGACCUUUACUUCUACAUGCUAUGUAAGCAUGUGGAUCAAAAUAAUGAGAAAAAAAAAGCAUUUUAAUUUAAUUUAUCCUUUUUUAUUUUUAAAAAAAAAAAAAGUUAUGUGGGAUUAUAGUUUUUGCACAGUUUAUCGGGGGAGGGUAUUUGUAAAUAAAAGUCUUGCACAGUUAAUCCAAGAAACAUCCGCAAGGUUGAUGUUCUACUCUGCUUACUGAGAAUUAUUGUAUUUUGCAAACUGAGAAAAAAAAGAAGAAUCAUUAGAAAAGCAAACCAACACAUUGUCAGAAACUGUUGUAUGUCUUGUGAUGACUGGUUGUUUUGCCUUUACAAAGCUGCAACGUGUACAGAGACAAGUGUUUGUAGUGUCUCCAUAAACGUAUGGUAAACCUAUCGGAGCUCAAUAACAGAUAAAUGACUCACUGUUUUCAGAACUAAAACUAGUUUGCCAAGACACCUAAAGAAAAUCUAGUACUCUCAUGCAUCUUUACAAGUUUACCUUCAAAGUCCCUAUGGUACAAUCUCAGACAUACACAGAACAGUGACAUUGUUUCUUUUUUUACCCUUUAAAUGACAUGUCACGCUGUCACGUGUGUAGCUGGGUUCUGGGUUUUGUUGCCAUUUUCUUUGACAUUUUUGGAGGGUUCAUCUUGAACCUACUGCCGUUAAUCACUGAAAGAGGGAUUCUCAGCAAACAUUGGGUGCUAUUGACCAUCAAAACCAACCUCAGAGCAUUCAUUGCCGGUUACACAACCUCAGGACAAUCCUUCUCUUGGUGCUCAACGGGUAGGCCGCCAGAGCAAGCAGUUAAUGUCCUCAACAACCAGUGGUCUUGUUUGUCCCAUAGGCACAAUCUCCAAAUGUUUUUUGUUAUUGGAAUUUGGUCAUUAUUAGCGGAGCUUCACAAGUCUGUCUGCUAAACCGUUUGCCAAAUAAAAUAUCCUCUCAAAUGCAAACAAGACUUUUAUAAUUGUGCUAUAUAAUGUCAAACAUCAUGUACCUCAGUCUUGACUGCCCAAUUGUCCAAAAAAAAAAAAAAGUUUCACACCUAAACCUGUGAUGAUUUCCGUGGGUACUAAACAUUAUAUUCUAUUGACUUCCUUUUUUAUUGCAAGUACAUCUCGGUGAGAACAUAGCAUUUAGUACUAUGAAAAUAUUUUAUUUCCUUUGAUUUUAUUAUUUGGUGGAACAUUUGUCCUUAAAUGUUUUAUAUUUUGUACAUUUGUAAGUAACAUAUCAUGUAAAUAUAAAGAGACCACAAUUUAAAUCAUCUGGAGGAUUUUGUAGUCUUUGUAAAGCCCUAAUAAAUGGUAUUUGGUGUCAACUUAAAAGA